CAUCGAAUCAUCAAUUUACGCUUUCCAAAACUGUAAGAUUUGCGAUCAACACAAGAAAAGGAAAAUGGAUCGGACCAACCUCUGAAAAUGGAUCCUAUGGAUGAUACAAGGUCACUGCCCACUACAUUAUUUGAUCAACUGCAUAUGAGCACAUACACACAAGGUUGUUGAAUCUAUCUAUAAAAACGCCAGUCCUGUCUACUCUGGCCAAAUUCCAAAGUCAAGUUUGUUCAUUGCUUUGAUUGUUACUGUUCAUUAAUGGCUCCUCGUAACAUUGUUUCUCAGAGAAGUAUUCCCACCGACUCUACGAAUAACAAGGCUAGUAUAACUUCAAGGUUUUCUUUGUCUACAGAUAGAGAUGUCUCCAUAGAUGGCAUAACUCUUCUGUCUGAAGUGCCUGGCAAUGUUACUCUGUCUCCUUUCACUUCAACUUCUCAUUUUCCUGAUACAGAUUCCAUUCCUCUUCAUAUUCUAAAAUCUGUUUCUUCUAAAUCUGAAAAUGGCGCCUUUCUUGGUUUUUCGGUGAAGGAACCCCAUGAUAGGAUCUUGAAUCCUAUAGGAAAGUUCAUAAACAGGAAGUUUUUGAGCAUUUUUCGGUUCAAAACUUGGUGGUCUACUAUGUGGAUUGGCUCAAGUGGAUCUGAUCUACAAAUGGUGACUCAGUUGAUCCUUCUACAAGUUCCUGAACUCAACUCUUAUGUACUUAUCAUUCCUUUAAUAGAAGGCAACUUUCGUUCAGCUAUCCAUCCUGGUGCUAAUGGAGAUGUGAUUCUUUGUGUUGAGAGUGGUUCAACAAAAGUGAAGGGUAAAACUUUCUCUUGCUCUGCAUAUUUGCAUGUUGGUGACAAUCCUUAUGAUAUUAUGAGGGAAGCUUUUGCGGCUGUUCGUGUUCACUUGGGGACUUUUAGGCUUUUGGAAGAGAAAACACCACCAAAAAUUGUUGACAAGUUUGGUUGGUGUUCUUGGGAUGCAUUUUAUAUAACAGUAGAGCCUGUUGGUCUGUGGCAUGGUGUGAAAAGUUUUGCUGAAAAUGGGUUCCCUCCAAGGUUUCUGAUCAUUGAUGAUGGUUGGCAAAGCAUAAACAUGGAUCAUGAACCCCCAUUAGAUUUAACAUCUUUAGGGUCUCAAAUGCUUUGCAGGCUCUACAGGUUCAAGGAGAAUGAGAAGUUUGCCAAGUACCAAGCUGGCACAAUGCUAAGGCCUAAUGCACCAAAAUUUGAUCAACACAAACAUGACAUGAAGUUCAAAGAAAUGGUUGCACUAGCUGAGAAGAAGCAGAUAAAGCAAGAGGGAGGAGACAUUUCAAGUCUCCCUUCCCGAACGAUUAUUGAGUAUUUGAAAGAAGAUGAGGGGGUAGAAAGAGGUGGAUUGAAGGCAUUAGUGAGUGAUUUGAAAGACAAAUUUCCAGGAUUGGAUGAUGUUUAUGUGUGGCAUGCUUUGUGUGGUGCUUGGGGAGGAGUUAGGCCUGGAACAACUCAGUUGGAUGCUAAAGUGACUACUGCAAAGCUGGGUGGUGGGCUUGGAAAGACCAUGCAUGAUUUGGGUGUUGAUAUGAUAGCUGAAGGUGGAAUUGGGCUUGUAAAUCCAAACCAAGCCGCUGAUUUAUUUGAGUCAAUGCACUCAUAUCUUGCUGAUGUUGGUGUUACUGGCGUUAAAGUGGCUGCUAUCCAUACUUUGGAGUAUGUUUCCGAGGAUCAUGGUGGUCGAGUCCAGCUUGCUAAGGCAUAUUAUGAUGGUCUGAGCAAGUCUCUUAAGAAGAAUUUUGGUGGAAGUGGGCUGAUUGCAAGCAUGGAGCAAUGCAAUGACUUCUUUUUCUUGGCCACACAGCAGAUUUCAAUGGGAAGAGUUGGUGAUAACUUCUGGCCUGAGGACCCAAAUGGGGAUCCACUGGGAGUGUACUGGUUACAAGGAGUUCACAUGAUCCAUUGCAGCUACAACAGCUUGUGGCAGGGCCAAUUUAUCCAGCCUGAUUGGGACAUGUUUCAAUCAGACCAUCCCUGUGCUGAGUUUCAUGCUGGUUCAAGAGCCAUUUGUGGUGGACCAGUAUAUAUUAUUGACAAAGUUGGACACCAUAAUUUUGAUCUUCUGAGGAAGCUGGUUCUACCAGAUGGAACCAUACUCAGGUGCCAACAUUAUGCUCUUCCUACCAGAGAUUGCCUAUUCGAAAACCCCCUCUUCGAUGGCAAGACUUUGCUCAAAGUUUGGAACCUAAACAAGUUUACUGGAGUGGUUGGUGUAUUCAACUGUCAAGGAGCCGGAUGGUACCCAAAAGAGCACAAGUUGAAGACAUAUCCACAAUCCCACAAGUCAAAGUCUGGGAUGGUUUCUCCAGAUGACGUAGAAUGGGAGCAGAAAGAUUCAACAGCUGCAUACCGAAACACCGAACAAUUUGCUGUCUACAUUCACAAAUCUGAUAAUAUGCGUCUGGUGAAGUCCAAAGAUCAUAUCAACAUCACACUGCAACCAUAUUCCUGUGAGAUAUUCACCAUCUCACCGGUUCACAAGCUCAAUGAGAAGUGCAAAUUUGCACCUAUUGGCCUUGAGAACAUGUUCAACAGUGGAGGGGCAAUCGAGUUGCUUGAAUAUGGAUGCAAAGAAGGGCUUCACGAUGUGAAGCUAAAGGUCAAGGGAACAGGGAAGUUUUUGGCUUACACAAGUGAAAAGCCUGUAGAAAUUGCAAUGAAUGGAGAUAAACUGCAGUUUGAAUGGUCAAGUAAUGGAAUUCUGAGGUUUGAAGUGCCAUGGAUUGGUGGCGAAUUAUCUAAUGUACAUAUUUCAAUAAACUAAACCUCAAAGAACUUCAAUUAUAUUAGUUCCUGUAAUUUUGAUCAAAAUUAAUGAAAUGU